UCACCUUGUUUAUAAGACAGUAGUUCGUAUCGGGAGUCAUUCACAUAAACACAUUCUCAUAAGGAACAGUCAUAGACCUACGACUCUGAGAGCAACGGAUAAAUUACUUGGAAUUCUGAAGGAGCUGAAAGUUGUGUUUUCAAGUUGUUUUCUUUUAGCACGUUUCUGCACUUGCGGAUUCCUUUUACCCCUCAUUUGAUACACCCCAUGUAAGUCCGGAUCUGCUGGCCACAAAAUGUUUGACACCUCGUUGGGAACUAUCUUGGGUUUAAUGGCGCAGUUGAUUUGCCUGAUAAUCGGACAGAUUCUGGUGCAAAUAGUCCAGCAUCCAUUGAUCACCACGGGACUCUGCUUGCUGGCAGGAUUCGCCUAUCAUGCAGAUCAGGAGUCACUCAAGGAGGCCUAUCAGCGGGUGCUCCUUUGGACUAGGUUGCCCCUGCGAUUAGGGAGCAUCUAUAGCCCCUGCUCCAGCUAUCCACCUUCAGGAUAUGGCUACGAUAUGGACCAUGGUCCACACACCUGGCUGGCCAAGGAGGAGGUGACCUGCUUUCAGAGUCCAGUCAACAUCGAUGAGAGCCACAUCCAGCGCUUGGCCAUUCGGGAGCUGCUCAACUGGAACCACUAUGAUGAUUUGCCGGCCAGCAUUCAGCUGGAGAACACGGGUCAGACGCUGAUCCUGCGGGCCCAGUUCCAUGGCAAUGCACCCACCAUCAGUGGGGCAGAUCUCUUGGCCAGCUACACCUUUUUGGAGCUCCGUUUCCACUGGGGAUGGUGCAACAGCGAGGGAUCCGAGCACACCAUCAAUCACCGCAAGUUCCCCUUGGAGAUGCAGGUGAUGCACCGCGCGGGUUCGGGAACUCCCAGGAGCUGCACCAGCAGCUACGACCUCCUGAUGAUCGGCUAUGUGUUCGAGCUGUCCGCCCACAAUCCCUUUCUGGAUCCCCUGGUGCAGAACUUGCGAUUGGUGCAGCAGCCGGGAAAGCGAGUGCAGAUCCCACCUUUCCCCCUAUCCUACUUGAUGUAUGCAUUUCGCACGGGAUUUUACUCCUACGGCGGAUCCCUGACCCAUCCGCCCUGCUACCAGGGCACCGAGUGGUUCAUCUUUCCCGAAUCCCUGGCCAUCAGCGACUUCCAGCUGCGUCACUUCCGUUUGCUCCUCGGUCCGGAUGGCAUCUCCCCCAUAGCCCGUAACUGCCGACCAGUACAGACCAUGGGCAACCGGGUGGUGAGCUUGAACUGCUUCUGUCCCUAUGACGCCGCCCAGCUGGCCAGGAUGCAUGUGGAGCUGUGCCAGCAGCAGAAGCUGGAGGAGCACGAGGAGGAGCGCCUGGAGCAGGAGCAGGUGCAGCAAAUGGAGAGGGAGCUGGAGCGAGAGAGGGAGCUUGAAAGGCAGAGGAUGGAGCGGGAGCGAGAGGCGGCCGCCCUCGCUGCGUCCGAGGAUGAGGGUCAGCUGGUGGAGACCAUUGAUACCACCACCAUAAUCACCAGCAGCAGCAACACCAGCAUCUGCAUGACCACGAUGAUGCGCAAGGAUUCGCCCCGGGAGCUGGAGCAGCCUGCCCAGAUGCCCACUCCCAAUCCCAGCCAGAGUUCACUUCGCAAUCCCGGCAUGGUGAUCUUUAGCAGUGGCAACGAGUCGAAGACCAAGUGUGGCCUUCAGCUGGACAUCCCUGAGGAGCUGAUGAUGCGGGAUAACAGCGGAGCUGGAAUGGGAAUGGGCAUGGGAAUGGGAAUGGGUACCCAGAAUGGCUGCAAGGCGGAUGCCAUGUGCGGCGUGGGCGAUGGCGUCAACAUUGGGACACUCCAUUUGUGGUCCAAGCUGCACGCCGAGCUGGUGGGCAAGGAUGGAGGACAUGGCGCACCGGUCAAGGCCAACUGGGGGCCAAGUGCUGCUCUCUGUGUGCCCGGAACCAAUUGAAUCGCGUGCGCGUGGAUUAAACAAGUUGCGUUUAUAUUUUCUGAAGCAUAGCCACCGAGUUCCCUUGACUUUUAACC